AUGGUGAGUCAUGCUAACAAGAAAUUCCCAUCUGCUGGUGGGGAAAAUUGAAAACCUUUGUAAAAGAAAAAAAAUCCAGAAUCAUACCAAAAAGCUGUACCAGGCUGCGGUUUACGGCUUCCAAAUUUUCUAAAGGAAUAUACUCCAAAAACACACUCUAAUAUCCAGAUACCCAGAGCUCCAUCUGUCAAUCAGUUUUUCAAAACUUAAAUUAUAACUUCACUGCCAACGACCAAUCCCUCAUGCAAAUCAAGGAACAAUAAUACAACUAUAGCUGAAACAAAGUAAUGGUGGUUCGUUUUCUUGCUUCACCCACCGCCAUCGUCCCACGUUGCCUCCAUUCUUCUCCCACUUUCAGGUACUCCUACGAGGCUACGACUGAUCCCUUUUGUUAAAUUGGCUAAAAGGUUUCUAUUUUGGAUUACUUUUCUUUCUUUAAUUGAUGGGUUUCCGUCACUGUGUACUCUUUCUUCACACUGUUUGAUAAUGUUUUCAGUUUUCCAAAAGCUCGAUUUGUGUUGUUGCGCCGGGAUUGUUGACAAUCUAAGUUCACGCAUUCCCCAUCGCCUAACAACAACUCGCGUUGGACUUAAUUGCUUGAAUGCUUCUUCGUUUUGUCCUUCUCCAAUUGAUUUUUUGUUCCUCAGCUGCAGUUUGGGAAAAUUUUACUCUGAGGAAUAGGGGCUUUUGGAUCUUUCAGGGAAUUGGGCAGAUCAAAUUUUACGAAUUCGGAAAUGGGUAGUGAGUAUUUGGACCCGAAUGUUGUCAAGUUGGCAAAUUUCCGGGUGUGCAAGGUUUCCAGUUACACGACUGAGUUGCUAGAGAUUCAAGCUGAUAACCCAACAGUGCAUGUCCUCUUUGUCCCUGGAAAUCCAGGUGUUGUUUCAUUUUACAAGGAAUUCGUGGAAUCUCUGUAUGGUUCACUCGGAGGGACUGCAUCUAUUACAGCAAUUGGGCACAUUGCUCAUACAAAAAAGGUGCGUAACCAUAUAUACAGUGUUUGCUUUCCUUGGCAUGGAAAUGUUCACUUCCAGUAUUUGUUGCCAACCAAGAUUCAAGAUGUUGGCUAGUGCAAGUGCUUAUAGUUCACAGAUCGGUUUCUGUUGUACCCACAGGAGCAUAAAAUUAGAGUUGGCCUUUAAUUUCUUCAUUAAUUGACUGGACAUCCUGCUCAAUGAUACCAGACAAUUGGUUUUUGGUAUGUUCCCUGUGUGGUAUUAUGGCGACAGGCUCUGAAGUUUCUAUGUAUUUUCAGAACUGGGAGCAGGGGCAGUUGUUCUCCUUACAGCAGCAAAUUAAUCAUAAGGUGGACUUCCUUAGCCAGGAACUGCAAGAAACUAAAGUUCCCAUUGUUUUGGUUGGACACUCUAUUGGUGCCUACAUAACAAUGGAAAUGUUGAAGAGAAAGGGAGAUCAGGUGAUAUAUUUCAUAGGGUUAUACCCCUUCAUAAUGGUAAAUCCUCAAUCAAAGAAGCAGGCCAAUAUUGCAAAAGUCUCGAGAUCAUCCAUCCUGAGUUGCCUGAUGAGUUUGAUGGUAGCAUCAAUUGGACUGCUGCCUAAGUGGCUUUCCCAGUACAUAGUGGUACAAUAUAUUGGUAACAGUUCGUGGUCUACUUCAGCUGUCGAGACUGCUCGUGGUCAUUUGCUGAAGUACCAUUUGUUCAGGAACAUGCUUUACAUGGCAAUGACAGAGUUCAAGGAGUUUUCACAUGCACCAGACUGGGAGUUCAUGAAAAAGAAUCAACGUAAAAUGACAUUCCUGUUUGGUGAUGAUGACCACUGGGGGCCUUUGCAAGUCUAUGAGGAGAUUGCAAAGCAGGUCCCUGACAUGGCCUUAAUGAUAGAAAGGGAAGGCCUUUCCCAUAGCUUCUGUUGCACUGAAGCGGGCUCUAUCUGGGUUGCCAGGCAUGUAUCAAGCUUAAUAAAGAUUCAAACUUCAAGCUCAGCUUCUGCAGCAGAUGAUGGGAAGCUCUCUCAGAUCGCUUAGGAGCUGGUUAUCGUACGAUAAUCCUUACAAGUAUUGGACAGAGAAAGUAGCAAAAAAUGAUCAAGGGACAAGGAACCACCAUUCUUUCAGUAAUAGUUGGUGUACUUAUUUGUAUAUCUUAAGCUGCUUUCUUUUCUAUUGUUGUUUGAUGUGUGUAAUUGUGAUAGUGUGAACUUUCUAAGAGGCAAUAGAGGGGGAAAUGGUAAAUGGCAAAACAGUUGCUCAGAUCCCCUAAUUGACAACAUAUGUUAUAUGUACACUUCUUGCCUAGUGCAGUGAACCAAUGGUAAAUGACAAAAAGCAUCAGUGGAUGGAUGAACUCCACUGGUACGAACUUGUGUGGUUAGAUGGGAUAAGAAAAUGAACGAAGGGAUUGGAUAGUGGUAUUCUAAACAAAAUAAACUUUGUCCUUGUUU